CGGUUGGUGACACGCAGCGAAAAAGAUGGACCUCUCAACAAUGCUCUGGUGGAUUCUGUUGGGGCUACUAGUGUCGGUUUAUGUGCUUUCCAAAUGGCGAUACCGUAACCUUAAGUCUAUUCCGGGAAUUGAGCCCAGCUAUCCUCUCAUCGGAAAUGUAUUGCUCUUUACGCAAAGUAGUGCUUACAUGAAGUGUUUCAGAAAUGCAAAUCGGAUGACGAAAAUCUGGCUGGGUCCUGUUCCGGUAAUCAACGUGCAGCAUCCGGAGCUAAUUCAAAAAGUGCUAACAGAGUGCCUGGACAAACCGUUCGCGUACGACUAUAUGGAGCUCGGUGCGGGAUUACUAUCCGAACGAUAUGGAUGCGUUUGGAGGGAGCACCGGAAAACGCUGAGUCCGUUAUUUAACACCCGAAUCCUGAACGGCUUUAUUCCGACAUUCGAAAGGGCGACCGGUGAAAUUAUGCUCGCACUGGAUCCGGUCUCGGAUGGACGGGACGUGGACCUGAUGGAGUACAUCAGCCAGUGCAGUGCCCAAAUGGUACACGGUACCAUGGUCAAUAUCGAUAGGCAAUCGGAUGAACUUUAUCGCUUACUAAUCAAGAAUCUGGAAGUCAUCCUGGACUCCCUUGGCAAGCGGAUUAUGAACGGAAUGUACGCGGUGAAAAGCUUGUACAAAAUGAGCACAAUUUACCGCGACGAGUGGCGCUCCCGGAAGGUUUGCUACGAAACAGUGAACGAUGUAAUCAUGGAAAUGCGGAUGAAUAUACUCAACGGGCAAAACGCGCUGGAACUGGCAGAUACAAAGGAAGCAUUCAAAUCGAAAGCCUUUGUGGAACGAUUGCUAACCAUUCAGCACAAGGGUCGCUGUUUUACCGACGAGGAAAUUGUUAACCAUGCUUACACUAUGCUCGUGGCCGGCUACGAAACUACGGCUUUGCAACUAACCAAUAUCUGCCUAAUGUUGGCGAUGCAUUCGGAGAUCCAGGAACAGGUAGCUCGGGAAAUAAAAAAUACAUUCCCGACGUUGGACGCGCCAAUAACUCCGGAGGCUUUGAAGGCUCUUCCGUAUUUGGACAUGGUGAUCCAGGAAACAAUGCGGCUUUAUCCGGUGGCUCCACUGAUUGCCCGGCAGAAUUCAGCCCCCAUCGAGCUGGAUGGAGUUUGUCUUCCAAAGGGAACGGUUUUCGCUGUCAAUAUUGCUGCCUUGCACAGGCGGACGGAAGUUUGGGGUGAAAAUGCGCUCACGUUCGAUCCGGAGAACUUUGCCCCGGAAUUGGUUGAUGCCAGACACCCGUUCGCUUUUAUUCCGUUCAGUGCCGGACCGAGGGUUUGUAUUGGGAACCGAUACGCCAUGAUUUCGCUGCGAGUGUUCCUAGUCCGAUUAUUGCAACGCUACCGUUUGAGCACCAAAUUGAGCCGAAAGGAUUUAAAAUUUAAGUUUCAGGUAACGCAAAAACUGAGCAUGCCGUGCACCAUGCAGGUGCAUAAACGGGAGCUCUACUAGAUCGGUUGGUUUAAUGUAACUAAAUAUAGGAUGUGUGGUGUUGCAAAAUAUGCGCCAUGCUGGUAAAUUUGAACCGAAAUUGAUUUUAGUUAAGUUUACAAUUGUUAAUAUAAGCACUUACACAAUAGUUCUAUCAAUCACAA